CACUACGGAAGUGCAGAGAGGAAACAGCAGCAUUCGCAGCUCUGGUGCCGCUCAGUUUGGAUUCUAAAGGCGGAUAAAGCCCAUCAUAAUGUCGGGAUUUGACUCAAACCCGUUUGAAGAGACAGUCGACGUCAAUCCUUUCCAGGAUCCGUCUGUCACUCAGGUGACCAACUCUGGAAUCGAUCGCAUUGAAAGUUUCAGUCCGUUUCCUGAUGGGAACUCGGGAAGCACCAUCCCAACCUCCAGCACCCCGUCUCAACCCGCUGUCCUGCAGCCGUCAGUGGAUCCCAGUCCAAAGGCCACAGCUGCAGCUGCGCAGGCCAAUCUGCUCAAACAGCAGGAGGAGCUGGAGAGGAAAGCAGCUGAGCUGGACCGACGAGAACAAGAGCUGCAGAGCCAAGGAGCACCUACAGGCAAACAGAACAACUGGCCUCCUCUCCCCAAAUUCUUUCCCAUCAAGCCUUGCUUCUACCAGGACUUCUCUGAGGAGAUCCCGCCGGAGCAUCAGAGACUCUGCAAGAUGGUGUAUUACCUGUGGAUGUGGCAGUGUAUGACGCUGUUUCUCAACGUCCUGGCCUGUCUGGCGUAUUUCACCGCUCACGCAGCAGCAGGCAUGGACUUUGGCUUCUCCAUUCUCUGGUUCAUCCUUUUCACUCCGUGCUCCUUCCUCUGCUGGUACCGGCCCGUCUAUAAAGCCUUCAGGUCUGACAGCUCCUUCAAUUUCUUCCUCUUCUUCUUCGUCUUCUUCGCUCAGAUCGUCGUGUCUGUGAUCCAGAGCGUCGGCAUUCCUUUAUGGGGAAACAGCGGCUGGAUUAAUGCCAUAACAGCGUGGGGCAGUAAUAAAGCAGUGGGCGUCAUUAUGAUGGUGGUGGCGGCCUUCUUCACGACAGGUGCCGCGCUGUCUAUCGUUUUACUGAAAAUGGUUCAUUCCAACUACCGUCGCACUGGCGCCAGUUUCCAGAAGGCACAGCAGGAAUUGUCCCAGGGCGUCCUCACAAACCGCACCUUCCAGAGCGCAGCCGCCAGUGCAGCCACCUCAGCCGCCCAGAGCUCUCUGCAGAGGAACUAGGUCCAGGAAGCACCUCCAAGAUCACAAGAUCAUUGGCCUGGCGGUCCACGCAGAACCCAAAGCCCAGCUACGGUCCCAAACGUCGCCCUCGUUCACCUGCUUUGGUUCUUGAUCUUGAUUUGGUCCCAGUUUGGUCUUUAGACUGCAGAGGCACUACUUUCAUGUUUUUUUUUUUUUUUUUUUGUGGUUUUUUUUGGAAACUGAAGGUAUGAAGUGUGUUUGUAUAUUUGUAUGUAUGCAGAAAAUGUCCUGUAUCCUUUUUGACCUCGAUUAUACUGUAUAUAAAGUAAUUUAAUGUUUCCCCGUCAUCCUUAGUGGUACAGGAGUGAUCAGUGUCCUUAAAUUAAAAAAAUGAUCAUGAAAGGAUCUCAAACCCUUCUCGCAGCAACGGUGAAGUCCAGUUAUAUGCAUGUUUAAGUCAUGAAGGUUUAUGCAAUUCUGCUCUAGUUAAAAAGCAUGUGCUUUCAUUCCUGUAAUAUAAUUUGAUUUUCAUUCCGUAUUAGUGCCAAAAAACAUGAGGAUGAUUAGAAUCAUUUCCUCGGAAUCUUGACGGACACAGAGAACAUUACUAUUAUUGUCUUAAUCGUAAGACUGAAGGUGGGAUGUGAUGUAGGUUUUUGCUUUGGGUUUGUUUCACGCAGCACAAGUGUUUGGUAACCAUGUAGAUCAUUGAUCAUGUGUACGGGCUUUUUAGGCUACUGAUUGUAAACAGUCGAAUCAAAAUAGUUUUACAUAAUACUAAAUUUUACAUGUUUUUUUUUUUUUAGCAUUGGAAAGUCCUAGCUUUUGAAACAAACGUGUAAAAGGGUUUGCAGGAAAAUGGUCCAGAAAUGUACGUUAACAUAAAAUGCCACGUACCAGAAAGGGUUAUAUAAUUUUGAUGAGAUGAGAUCUUAAGAUAUUUUUCAACGGUUGUAAGUACUUAACUGAAGUUUGAGCAAAUAAAUUUUUUUCUGAUUAACA